AUGGCUUUUUUUAGAUCGGAUGAAGAUAGCGCAAAUACAGCCGCAUUGCACAAACGUAUUCGAGAAUUAGAAUCAAAUUUGGAAGAAUUAAAAGAAGAUUUAGAAACUGAAAAAAAUCUUCGGAUCAAAGCAGAAAAAAGUCGGCGGGAGUUAAAUGACGAUCUUGAAACACUGAGGACAGAAUAUCUGGAAGCAACUGAUAAAACCGCAGUUUCUCUCGAAAUACAAAAGAAAAAAGAUGAUGAAUUAAAAGAAUUGAAACGAGCACUGGAUGCUGCAUAUGCUUCCAGUGAAUCAAGGAUUGAGGAACUCAAGCAGAAGUACCAAAAACAAGUGGAUGAACUCGAUGAGCAGGUAGAGUUGCAAAGACGUUUGCGAGCGCAAGCGGAUAAGUCGAAGGCCGCAAUUGAAGCAGAAAAAAACGAAAUUGCGGCUGAAUUAACAGCUAUGAUAAAUGCGAAAGCGGAAGCGGAUAAGAAAAGAAAACAAAUCGAAACGAACUCCAUUGAGUUAACGGCACGCUUUGCUGAACUAGAAGCGGCUAAAUCAACUAUAUCUCAAGAUCUUUCUAAAGUACUCAGUGAACUAGAAUCUAUCGUUAAGCAAAAAGAGGAUGAAGAACAAAACGUUACUGCUCUACAGCGAAAAAUAUCGCUUUUGGAACAACAAUUUGCUGAGGCACAAGAUCAGUUACAAGAUGAAACUCGGUUGAAACUUGCGAUGCAAUCACGUGUACGUCAGUUAGAAGCUGAUUUGUCGGAAUCCCUUGAUGUUAAACAUGAAACUGAAUUGAAACAAAAGGAGCUUGAAGCACAGCUUGAAACCAUCCGUAAUUCACUUAAUGAAGUUCGUAAAAAAGCAGAUGAAGGAGCAAUGCAACAGAUUGAAGAAAUGCGAAAAAAAGCCCAACGUGAUCUAGAAUCUGCCCUAAAAUCUGUUUCCGAAGCAGAAGCUGCUCGUGACCGUGCUGAACGAUCUAAGAAGAAAUUGCAACAAGAAGUUGAAGAUGCCAAUAUUGAGUUGAAUAAUGUUAGAUCAAAUGCUCGGGAAUUAGAAAAGAAGCAAAGAAAAUUCGAUCAACAACUUGCUGAAGAAAAAACAAACGUGCAGAAGGUAUCUAAUGAAAGAGACUGCUUAGCGCAAGAAGUACGUGACUUAGAGACUCGCAUUUUAUCGUUAAACAAUGACUUGGAAAGCAUUCGAAUACAACUCGAAGAAUCAGAGCGUGUAAAGCGAAUUCUUCAACAAGAGUUAGAUGAAUCAUGUUCAAAAAAAGACGAUGUUGGUAAAAAUGUGCAUGAAUUAGAAAGAACAAAGCGUCAGCUUGAGGAUGCUUUAGGACAACAAAAAGCACAGGUCGAAGAACUGGAAGAUGCCUUGCAAAUUGCAGAAGAUGCUCGCCUACGACUUGAUGUUAAUCUUCAGGCAUUUAAGACAGAACAUGAACGUACCUUAAUGGCAAAGGAACAAGAAAAUGAAGAGAAGCGACGUUCAUUACUCAAACAAAUUCGCGAUCUUGAAAAUGAGCUCGAAACUGAACGUAGAGGAAAGACAGCCGCCGUUUCUCAAAGAAAAAAAAUGGAGUCACAGCUAUCUGAAUCAGAGAAACAACUUGAAGUAGCAAAUCGUUUGAAAGAUGAUUAUUCGAGGCAAUUUAAAAAAUACCAGCAAAUGAUCAAGGAAUUGCAACAUGAAGCUGAAGAUGCUCGUCAAGCAAAGGAAGAUUUUGCAGUAUCCUUCAGAGAAAUGGAGCGAAAGUUACGUGCAAUAGAAACUGAAAAUUCUCGAUUGGCUGAGAUGGUCGAUACCUUGUCAGCCCAGAAGAGGCAAGUGGAAUCUGAGCGAGACGAACUCGAAGAAACAAGAGGGCGAUCUGGAGGCCUCAACAUCGAUGAAAAACGUAGGCUGGAAGAUAAAAUUGCUGCUCUUGAGGAAGAACUCGAAGAAGAACAGAGCAAUGUCGAACUUGCUGUAGACAAACAGCGUAAAGCACAGUCACAGGUAGAACAACUCACUACAGAACUGUCAAUGGAACGUUCUUCAUAUCAGAAGUUAGAUGCGGAAAAGCAGUCGCUUGAACGAUUAAAUAGAGAGUUGAAAAGCAAGAUAUCUGAAUUAGAAACAUCUGCCCAGUCACGAUCUAGAGCGCAAAUUGCGGCACUUGAAGCUAAAAUACAAUAUCUUGAAGAACAGUGCAACAGUGAAUCACAAGAACGCAGUAAUGCUGCUCGCCAAUGUCGCCGAUUAGAGAAAAGACUUGCCGAUGCCAGUCUGCAAUUAGAGGACGAACGACGUAAUAUAGAACAACAUAAGGAACAAGCAACAAAUGCACGUGCACGCCAAUUAAAACGCCAGUUAAAUGAAAUGGAAGAAGAAAUGACAAGGGAAAGAACUAAAGCGCGUAAUUUGCAACGUGAAAUUGAUGAUCUGAGUGAAGCGAAUGAUACCCUUGCUCGUGAUAAUACAAAUUUGCGUGGUCACCGAAGGCCACGUGAUACUUUACUCGGCACACGGCGAAUGCACAAUAUUCGUAACAAUAGUCCACAUGACGAUCUCGAUAGCAUUGGCUCAGAUUUGACAGAUGAUCUGAAACGCGGUCUUCCUGUGAAAGAAUGA